UGACUGCAGCAUGUGAGUACUAAGUAUUUGAGUCGAUAGCCUCGUGUUUUAUUUACAGAUGUGGAUCCAAAGUAUAUUAAUGUUGUGCCGACCCUAGUUUGCACUUCGCAUGAGCUUAAUCUACUGGUGAUGCUCCAAACUUUUACUGGUGGUGCUUCAAAGUGUUCUUUUUUAUUUUUAUUCGUGUGAUGCUUCGAGAUUUUACUGGCGAUGCUUCAAAGUUUGAAUAAAAAACGACAAUGUUCUUAACGUCGUGAAGGGGAAAGAAAGGACUAGAAGAGCAGAAUGGGCUGGCGUUUUCUUAUAGCCUUCUGACCUUCUCCAAAUCCACAGUCCAGCCCAGUAAUAUCAUUGACAACUGAAAUGGGCCUUCUAUCGCGCAGCUUAUUCAACAAUAGAACACAAAAAUGACCGUUGAUUUGCUAUGUGCCUAUGUCAUGUUAGGACGCUAUACAAAGAUAAGCGCAAAGCGACAUGUAAUUAACCCGCUCUUUCUUGACAUCCAUUGCUGGAGCCUGGGGAGUAGCCCAACCGCAGAGGCAAAGUGUGAUUCCCCAGCUGUGCUCGUAGUAGCAUAUGCUAUGCUUUUCUUGGUGAUGCAGCAACGUACUAACUAUGCCAAAUAUAACUGAAACUGCUGCUGCACUGCAUCCCUGCAGGUUGCAGAUCUUGUUUUCUCCAGCUUCAGAAAUCAACCUUCCGUCCGUUCCGACCGGCCUACCUCGCCGGCGAUGGGUGUUGCAGACGAUUGCUCCUCCGAGCGGAGCAACCGGAGCACGGGGGCGACCAUGUCAGUGGCGGCGAGCGGCAGCUGCUGCUGCAGCAUCAACAUCUACGUGAACAACAACGUGCAGGGGGUGACCAACUCGGUGCUGGUCAGGAGCAAGGUGGCCAUGAGAGACCCCGGAGCUCGCAUCCGCCUCCGGCAUCCUCCCCUCCCAUGCCCGACCAAGCGGAAGAAGAAGACGGCGGCGGUGACGGCGACGACGACAGCAACGGCGGCCACGAGGAGCUUCCCGUCAUCUGCCGCAACGAUCCUCAUCGCCACUCUGGUUCUGCUGCUGUUAGCUCUGCUCUGUAUGUGGAUGUGCGAGGAGGCGUCGUCGUCGUCGAAGAACUCGAAGGUGGCCGGGUGGAGCAAGGAGGAGGACGACCCGAUCAUCGGUGGCGGCGGCGGGGAGAAAGAGGAACCUACGCCGUCGCCGGUGUGCCUCCCGCUGUUCCCUCUGACGCCGGGAUUCCACCACCAGAAGCAGGCACAGGCACCGGCACAGGCACCGCCGCCGCUUGCGGUUACGCCGGGAUUCCCUACGCCGGAGUUCCUCAUUCUUUUCCCCCUGACUCCGGGCCUCCGGGGAUGUGAUCUGAAGGACAAUGCGGCGGCGAUGGAUGUGGAUAGCGAAGCCCAAGGGGGGUGUGAUUUCUGGGCAUGGUACGACGGGCCGACGUCAAGCUUCAUCAGGGAGCUCUUGAAUGAUUUGCGGGACAGGGUGAAUUCGUUGAGGAGGGAGAACGAAGUGAUGCGAAAGGAGGUCGAACAGAGUCGGGAUAAGGUGGAAGUACAGAGUAAAGUGAUAGAUGAUGCUCGUGGUGUGGUUGCUGUGAAGAAUGCAGAAAUUAUGUGCUUGAAGGCCAGGAAUCAUAAGUUAGAGAAGGAAAGAAAAGUCUUUGUAAUAUGUGUGGUGUCAUGUAUGUUUGUGCUAUUUGUGGUGUUGUUUGGGAAGAAGUGAGACAUUGUGAUGUGU